GGCAAUGGGGAAGGAAUCAGGUAUUAGGAGGUGUUCACACUGUGGAAACAAUGGACAUAACUCAAGAACAUGCAAUGUGAUCAAGAAGAAGGUUGGGAUGAAACUUUUUGGUGUAAGGAUUUUCAAAAAAGAGGAUGAAGCUAUGAAGAAAAGCUUGAGCAUGGAGAGUUUGCAUAGUACAUGCACAGCUGAUCUAAGCUCCUCUGAUCCUGGGUAUCUCUCAGAUGAGACUCUUCAUCCUACAAGAAGAACCACCACCACCAAUCAAAGGAAAAAGGGGAUGCCAUGGACAGAAGAAGAACACCGAAUGUUCCUUUCAGGAUUAGAGAAACUUGGGAAAGGUGACUGGAGAGGAAUUUCUAAGAACUAUGUGAGCACAAGGACACCAACCCAGGUGGCCAGCCAUGCUCAGAAGUAUUUUCUAAGGCAGGCUUUAUCUAAUAAGAAGAAACGUAGAUCAAGUCUUUUUGAUGUAGCCAUUAAAAACCCAGGCCCAGCUUCCCAAAUUUCACCAGCUUUACCCCUUUCAGGAACUAAUGAAGCCUUAGAACAGGCUGGUCAAGGAUUAAAAUCUCCACCAAUCAGCUCCAUAUCUGCUACUGCUGGUGCUCCCUAUCUCAACAGGAUCCCAUAUAUGGUAGGAGGAUUUGGUGGCAUGAGAAUGAACCAUCCAGCAGUUAAAAUUGUUCCAACUGUAUCUUACAUCCCUGUGAUGGACUAUCCCAACCAAGGCUGCAUGUACUUACCUAAAGGCCACAACAACCUUUCCACUUGUGCACCCAAUGCAUCCCAAAUGCCAAUCAACUCAUCACCUCAACUCCAACAAUGUGUAUCUCAGGCAGACUCUGGGGCUUCAACUACUGUGAACACUAAUCUAGGUUUGAUUAUGGCGCCAUCUCAACCGCCUGACUGGCCCAAGUUUUCAUCUCAGACAUCUAAUUUCAAUGGAGCUGUUAGGUAGAGUGGUUUGAGUUCUAUUUGAGUAGAUGAAGUAGCUUCCUUUCUCUUCUCACCUUUUCAAUUGAGAAGUUUAGAUCAUGAAAUUCCCAUCCAGCUCUCCCUAAGAAGAUGAAAAAUUGGGAUUUGGGGUGGGGGUGGGG